CUCUCUCUCUCUCUCUUCCUCCGCUUCGUUCUGUUUCGCCCUCGAGUUUGCUUCGUUGGCUGUCGCCUUCCUCUUGACAUUGUCGCUUCUCGGUCCGGUUAGUGUCGUCACUUUGCCCCGGUUACUUCGUCUAAUCAAGUCGUGUUUGGUAUUGAGGAUUUGGAUUUAGUGUGGCGUGGCGAGAUUGAAGAAGAAGAAGAAGAAGAAUGGAUGUAACCCAGGCUUCAAUGAUGCACCAUGUGUGCAUUGUGCUGUUUGCUCUUUGGUUGCUUUCCAAAUUCGAUCGGUGCACCCCACUCACUUACUUCGUCUCCUUGAUUUAUCUCUACGUGGUGCAUGAGCGUUUCAUCAUGAGGUUGCAAAAGAAAAUGCAGUUUGAGGAAAAGAGACAAUCAAGCCAGAGAAGGGUUCUUACUGAUUCUGAGACUGUUAGAUGGUUGAACCAUGCUGUGGAGAAGAUAUGGCCUGUCUGCAUGGAGCAAAUUACAUCGCAGAAGAUUCUCCGUCCUAUCAUACCUUGGUUCUUGGAGAAGUACAAACCAUGGACUGUUAAGAAUGCCUUAGUCCAGCAUUUGUACUUGGGAAGGAACCCACCUAUAUUUACAGACAUGCGGGUUCUUCGUCAAAGCUCGGAAGACGAUCACUUGGUUCUAGAAUUGGGAAUGAAUUUUCUCACUGCGGAUGAUAUGAGUGCUAUACUUGCUGUUCAAAUGCGGAAAAGGUUGGGCUUUGGAAUGUGGGCAAAGUUGCAUCUGACCAGCAUGCAUGUGGAAGGAAAGGUCUUGAUUGGAAUAAAAUUUAUUCCUAGAUGGCCUUUUCUUGGUCGUUUAAGGGUGUGCUUCGCUGAGCCACCAUAUUUCCAAAUGACUGUGAAGCCUAUAUUUACCCAUGGUAUUGAUGUGACAGAACUUCCUGGUAUAGCUGGAUGGCUAGAUAAUCUUUUAUCUGUUGCAUUUGAGGAGACACUUGUUGAGCCCAAUAUGCUAGUUGCUGAUAUAGAGAAAUUUGCUGGUCCUCCUCCACAAGAGAAUUGGUUCUCCAUAGACAUGAAGGAACCUGUUGCUUAUGCCAAAGUAGAAGUCAUUGAAGCAUCUGAAAUGAAACCAUCGGAUCUGAAUGGUUUGGCUGAUCCAUAUGUGAAAGGGCGGAUGGGACCUUACAGAUUCAAGACUAAGAUACAGAAGAAGACAUUGGCUCCGAAAUGGCUAGAGGAGUUCAGGAUUCCUAUCAUAACGUGGGAGUCACCUAAUAUUUUGAAUUUUGAAGUUCAUGACAAAGACCAUAUUUUUGAUGAUGCCCUCGGAACCUAUUCUAUGAAUAUCAAUGAUUUCAGAGACGGACAUAGACAUGAUCCAUGGGUGCCUCUAGAGAAUGUUAAAAUGGGAAGGCUGCAUAUCGCAAUAACUAUUCUUGAACGUGAUGGAAAGGAGGAUGGGCAUCAACCUGACGGUGAACAAUUAACUGAGGAGUGUAAAAGAGAGUCCUUUGCAACUGACACAGCAAACAAAGAUUCCUUCUCAUAUGUGUCAUCGGAGAAAUCUGCUAAAGUGGCCGACAAAUUUGAACCAAUAGGUGUUGAUGGGCAGAAAGAGACUGCAGUAUGGAUUCAACAACCAGGAAGUGGAGUUGUACAGACGUGGGAACCCAGAAAAGGAAAGAGUAGGCGUCUUGACACUGAGAUUCAGAGGGAGCUAAAUGAUGCCUCAGGCUGCAUCGGAUCAAACACAGAUAUAUCAGUUUCAAAUGGUGGUGGGAUCGUCGAUGAAAAUGUGGAUGAUAAGCAAUCAAGAAACCCGGUUUCAAAGGGUGAUGGGAUCGUCAAUGAAAAUGUGGAUGAUAAGCAAUCAAGAAACCCGGUUUCAAAGGACGAUGGGAUCGUCAAUGAAAAUGUGGAUGAUAAGCAAUCAACAAAUCCCGUUCGGCGGGGCAUAAACAAGAUUGGUUUGCUGUUUCAAAGAAAUCCCAAAGUGGAACAUCAGAACAGCAUGACUCGAGAUCUUCCAUCUCCACAUGCUAAUCUUAGGUCGAUCAAAUCAAAGAAGAUAGGUGUAAAUCUUAUUGUUGAAGAAGGGACCAUCGCCAGGCCUGCUUCUGCUAGGGCUCCACGGGAUGGGAUCACAAAUUCUGAUGGGAGCGGCUGCGAAAGUCCAAGCGGAAAACAUCGUAAGAGAAACAAAGCCAAGAACUUUUUCAAGCAAGCAGAGAAAUCGGCUCGCACCAAGAAGCAUGUGCUUUCGAGGAAGGGUUCAAAUAAAUUCAAAGGCGAUUCGUCACCUGCGGUGGCAGGAAAUGGAUCUUCACAAUCAGAUUCCUCAAAUGACGAGUCACUCUUGUCAUCGCAUAACCCUUCGAUGGAUGGAACAAUUAGAAUAGAGUCCCAACCAAUUUCUCUUGGUGAUAUCUCGGAAGAGAACAUAAUAUCGGCAGAUACAAGUGAUCAGACAAUGGACAUGGGGAAUCUUGCAAAGGAUACAAAUGUCCAAGGUUCGGGGAGAACAGAGGAUGAGGAGACCACGAGCUCAAACAGGUCUAUUGAGGGUAAACUAGUUGAGGUUGAGCCCAAAGCAGUGAUUCCAGUUGCAAUUCCGGAAGACAAAGUUUUGAGCUCCAGUGAACAAAAUGGAUAAGUUGUUGGAACUUGUCCUUCUCCAGUUUAAAACUGUGUUUUUGCUUCUUUCUUGUCUUUUGUCCUGUAUAUGUACCUUGCAAAAAAGUAGUGACUAAGCCGUGGGUGGCAAGAAUCAGGCGCACUGUUCGAGGUCAAUGUCCUUUCCUCUGAGACGGGGAUUAGUGGUCGUCUAUACAGCGUGUCGAUUUGUAAACGAUUUUUCAGCGUGUCAAGUGAGAGAAGAUACAUGUUUUCGCUGGCUCAGGUCUGCCAGAUGCUUCACCA